UGUAUGUGUAUCGUUUGAUUCGUUACACAUAAACGUUAAACACACAUAAUCGUCAUAGUGACCAAUUCUGGUUGCUUGAGGAUUUCCUACAAUGAAAUGCGUUCUGUUUGAAGCGUGUUUAAUGUUUUGCUCGAUACCAAUAUUGCUCAGUUUAUUGCGCUAUAGUAAUUAAGAGGAUUUGUAAAUCAUGGUACGAACUGCCGUCAUUGGUGCUGGUACUUUAGGUAUUAAAGUGGCGGGAUAUCUGGCAUAUCGUGGUCAUGAAGUUCGUAUUUAUGAUAGCAAUACCGCUGCAUUGAAUAAUGUUAAUCAACGAAUUAGUGAAGAUGCACGUAUCUGUAAAGAAGAUGGUAUAAUGACCAAUUGCAAAUUCUUGGGCGAUACAUAUUGCUUUAGCAAACUGGAAGAUGCAAUACGUGGUGCAUUAUUCAUAUUUGAAUGUAUACCAGAUGAUCUGACCAUGAAACAGGAAACAUUCAAAUUGAUAAUGCAAUUUUGUAGUGAAAAGGCAAUCAUUGCAACAAGUACAAUGCGUUUAUUGGUGGAUAAAGUGUUUGAAAAUUGUGAUUGUAAAGAUCGAUGCUUGGGUGUCCGUUUUUUAUAUCCCGUUUACUAUGUACCCGAAGUCGAAAUCAUGCCCAUAAGGUCGUAUACUUCUGUUGAAACAUUAGAUCGAGUGCGACAAUUUCUGGAAAAGAUGGGACAAAUUGCUUUUUUUCGUUCCGGUAAUGAACCAAUCGUUUUGAAUGAACAACAACGAAAUUCACGUCGUGAGGCCUGUAUUAAACAACUAACAGAAGGUAAAAGCAUAAAUAACCGUUUCUCACAAAACAUUCCAAAUCUGGGCCGAAUUCAAUUUCAACAACAAAACAAUCAAUCUGGCGCCAAUAUUUCGAAUGUUAAUGGCGACAGUGAUAGUUUGACAGUCGAUUCAAACGAUUCUAAUUGUGAUAAACAAUCAUUAAUCAUACGCAAUAAUGAAUGUGUCAUCUGCAUGGAUAAUCAAAGAGAUUGCGUUCUUCAUCCAUGUCAUCAUCUUUGUGUUUGCAUCAAAUGUGGCCGUCUAUUACUUAAACGAAGUGAUAGCUGCCCAAUCUGUCGACGUCCAAUCAACAAUGCAUUUCGUAUUUAUCGUUCAUAAUCAAAGUUUUAUUACAAUUAUUUAUUAACAAUAAAAAAUCAGUUUAUUAUAUUUGUA